ACCAGUGAAGACUACAGACUCUUGGAAAACAUGAAUAAGCUGACUAGCUUGAAGUACCUAGAAAUGAAAGAUAUUGCUAUAAACAUCAGUAGAAAUCUGAAGGAUUUAAAUAAAAAAU